AUGGAUUUGAGGAAAGUUCCUGAUGAAGAGAAAGUCAACUUAUGCAGAAAAUAUAUCAUACCUAUAUUCCUUUUUAUCUAUGGUCACAGCAUGUAGUUCUACGCUGGUUUAUGUGGUCAAUUUUAGCAGAUAGGAUUUGUGAGUUGAUAAGCUUAGACGUUUGAUCUCAAUCACUCCAUGCUACUGUAAAUGUUUGUAGGACUUAUUACUUGUUAGUCCUGCUUUGGUACUUUAGCUGUGGAUUUCAAUUAUAGCGUUUACUGUUAUUUCUUUUUUCUUGUAAUGUGAUGUGAUUUUGGAAGUAUUUAUUACAGUGUUGAACAAGGUAACUCUAAAGACUUAGUACUCCAAAUAUUAUAGAAAAUUGCACUUACUACAGCAAGGCGACACACAACGCCAUACCAGGAUUUGACUAUGUAGACUUAUCGAAUGAGUUGUAAUUUUUAUUUGUGUUAUAUUCUUUUUCGCUUGUUUCUAUUUUCCUUGAUUCACGUCAACACAUUUCUUAGGAGGAUUCGCUCUGCUGCCAUUUCUUUGGUUUAUCAAUGUAGUGUGGUUCUUUAGGGAGGCGUUCAUCAAACCAACCUUCACUGGACAAUCAAAGCUGAAAUCUUGUAAGUUUACAACAACAUUAAUCUAAUGCCACCUGUCAAGGAGGGAACUUACUCUCAGAACACAAUAGCAACACCCAUUCUUGCUGGAUUUUAUAUUUCAAAAGUGGCAGAGGUUCGAGUUCUCACAGGUUUUUUUUUAUCGCUAGUAAUUAUCUUCUAGCAAUAUUCCUGUAUCAAUACCUCUAACUGCCAGAAUUCUUGGUCCCCACUGUCAGUUAAUGACCAAGUUUUUUGUGCUGGAAUUUGUGGUCCAACCAUGGAGUGCACAGGCCAUAAAUCCUAACAGAAAAAACAAGGUUCUGUGAUAUACAGAAGGAAAAGAGAAAACAAGGUUAUUGCAAUAUAUAUUAUAUCUCUAUAUAUUAUAUCUCUGGCUUUUAAAUAGAGGGAAAAGAUAUCAGUUUAAACUACCUUUUAAAUUUAAGGGGCUGUGCAAGGAAAUACAGCCUGCUAAAUUGAUCAAUCAUAGCACACAUACCAACUGAGAGAUACAAUGACCUGUGUUAUUUUUGACAAGUCCUAUUGUCCAGAUUUAGGGAAUGUUCAUUUGGUAUAGGCCUCAACCAAUCUCAUGUCAGUUUACUCAAUAGUCUGAGACAAAAAGAUACAGCAUCAUGGCAACCAUUUAUACUGAUCAGGGUUGUGUUUGAGUGAACUCGGGAUGCCACAUGGGACCAACUUUUAUCUUUGGACAACUCUUACAACUGUGCAUUUAAGAGACUAGACCUCUGAGACAAGAGUCCUCAAACACCCAGUGGUUGUACUACAGCCAGUGAAUUGCUAAAUUGCAUGUAGCUUACCAAAGUACCAGUGAAUUGCUAAAUUGCAUGUAGCAUACCAAAGUAAAAUACCAACAACAUAGUUCAAUUUUGAUGAAAAUGUUGAGGAUGUGAAUAUAACAACAGUUUGGUAUAUCUUUCUUUCAGAUGUUAUUAAAUCAGCAAUAGGAUUUCUCAUAUGGUUUGCCGGUUUGACAGCAUGGAUUAUCAUUUAUCAGAAAUAUAGAGCAAGCUGGGGAGAAUUUGGAGACAAAAUUUCAUUUGUCAUACCACUUGGAGAACCAUAAAGCAGAUCAACAUUGCAAUUUUGUUUACAUUUUGUACAUCUGCAG